ACCACAGUCCACAGCCUUCCGCCGUGUCGUCCUCGCAGGCUCGCGCAGUCGCUGCCACAUCUCUCCUCGUGCAAACUCCUGUGUGGCUGGCUUCUGCUGGGCUGCCGCCUCCUCGUCCGCAUCUCUCCCCGCCGUUGCCGUCGUCCGCCGCGGCCGCAGCGCUGGGAGGGGAUCGCCGGGCAGCGGCGCGAGGCGGGGGAGGAGGAGCCGCGGUUUCGUCGCCCGGAUGGCGGCGGGGCGAUGACGCGGGCGGCGGGAGCAGGGUGUUGGGAUGCGGACGAUCUGCGAUGUGUGCGAGGGCGCGCCGGCGGUGCUCUUCUGCGCGGCCGACGAGGCCGCGCUCUGCCGGGCCUGCGACGAGAAGGUACACAUGUGUAACAAGCUUGCUAGUCGGCAUGUGAGAGUUGGACUUGCAAACUCUAAUAAACUUGCCCGUUGUGAUAUAUGUGAAAGUUUUCCUGCUUUCUUCCACUGUGAGAUAGAUGGCACCUCACUUUGCCUGAGCUGUGACAUGACUGUUCAUGUUGGUGGCAAACGAACACAUGGAAGAUACCUGCUCCUAAGGCAAAGUGUUGAAUUUCCAGGAGAUAAGCUAGGCCAUAUGGAUGAUGACCGGCACGACUACCGUGACGCGCUGGCCAAGUCCAUCCUCUUCUUCGAGGGCCAGCGCUCGGGGCGGCUCCCGCCGGGCCAGCGCGCGUCGUGGCGCGGGGACUCCGGCGUGUCGGACGGCGCCGCGGCCGGGGUCGACCUGGAGGGCGGGUACUACGAUGCCGGCGACAACGUCAAGUUCGGCUUCCCCAUGGCGUUCACCACCACCAUGCUGGCCUGGAGCGUCAUCGAGUUCGGCGACGACAUGCCGCGCGACGAGCGCCGCCACGCCGCCGGUGCCGUCCGCUGGGCCACCGACUACCUCCUCAAGACCCUCGCCCACCCCGGCGUCAUCUUUCUGCAGGUGGGCGAUCCGUGGAAGGAUCACGACUGCUGGGAGAGGCCGGAGGACAUGGACACGGAGCGCACGGUGUACAACGUCAGCGCGGGGCGGCCGGGCUCGGACAUCGCGGCGGAGACGGCAGCGGCAUUGGCGGCGGCGUCCAUGGUGUUCCGCGACGCCGACCCGGAGUACGCCGAGACGCUGCUCGCGAGCGCGAGGAAGGCGUUCGAGUUCGCGGACACGUACAAGGGCGCGUACAGCGACGACCCAGACCUCAGGGCAGGGGGCUGCCCAUUCUACUGCGACUUCAAUGGCUACCAGGAUGAGCUACUGUGGGGGGCGGCAUGGCUAAGGAGAGCCUCCAAGGAUGACACAUUCCUCCAGUACAUUCAGAACAACGGCAAGACCCUCGGUGCAGAAGACAGCAGCAACGAGUUCGGGUGGGACAACAAGCAUGCCGGCCUCAAUGUUCUUGUUUCCAAGGAGUUCAUAGAAGGCGAGGUGCUAUCUUUGCAGUCCUACAAGGAGUUUGCAGACAGCUUCGUUUGCACGCUCAUCCCAGAGUCCUCUUCACCACACAUCACGUACACCCCUGGGGGCAUGCUCUACAAGCCUGGAGGCAGCAACAUGCAGCAUGUCACCGCCAUCUCCUUCCUUCUCCUGACAUACGCCAAGUAUCUCUCCAGAUCAUCUCACACUGUCAACUGUGGAGACAUUUCAGUUGGCCCUGUAACUCUUCAGCGGCAAGCCAAAAAGCAGGUUGACUAUCUGUUAGGAGACAACCCAAUGAAAAUGUCUUACAUGAUUGGGUACGGUGACCGAUACCCCCAACGGAUCCAUCACCGAGGAUCUUCGUUGCCUUCGAUCAAGGACCAUCCGCAGCGGAUUGCGUGCAAAGAAGGCACGCCGUAUUACAAUUCGUCCGGCCCAAACCCUAACCCGUUGAUCGGAGCGGUUGUAGGAGGGCCAGGGGAGGACGAUGCCUAUGAGGAUGACCGUGCAGAUUUCAGGAAAUCGGAACCCACCACCUAUAUCAACGCUCCGUUAGUGGGAGUGCUGGCAUUCCUUGUUGGCAACCCUAACCCUGGUCAUAUCAGACAUUGAGCUUCAGAAGUCAGU